UGAUUGGACGAGACGGUGGUGUAAAAAAUGAUCCCGUGUGGGCCACAAAGAACGGUGCCCCUGUUAAUUACAGUAAAAUGGCGCUGUCGUCUGCAGGAGGAACAAAGAAGAAAGUUUGUUAUUAUUAUGAUGGCGACGUUGGUAAUUAUUACUAUGGCCAGGGUCAUCCCAUGAAACCCCACAGGAUCCGUAUGACCCACAACCUCCUGCUCAACUAUGGACUGUACAGGAAGAUGGAGAUAUAUAGACCCCACAAGGCCAGUGGAGAGGAGAUGACCAAGUACCACAGUGACGACUACAUCAAGUUCCUGCGUUCCAUCCGGCCAGACAACAUGUCAGAGCACAGCAAACAGAUGCAGAGAUUUAAUGUGGGAGAGGACUGCCCAGUGUUUGACGGCCUGUUUGAGUUCUGUCAGCUCUCAACAGGAGGCUCUGUCGCGGGGGCAGUGAAGCUGAACAAGCAGCAGACGGACAUCGCCAUCAACUGGGCCGGAGGACUCCAUCAUGCCAAGAAGUCUGAGGCCUCUGGGUUCUGCUACGUCAACGACAUAGUCCUCGCCAUCCUGGAGCUGCUCAAGUACCACCAGAGGGUGUUGUACAUAGACAUCGACAUUCACCAUGGAGACGGGGUGGAAGAGGCUUUCUUCACCACAGACCGGGUCAUGACGGUGUCCUUCCACAAGUAUGGAGAAUACUUCCCUGGUACCGGAGACCUGAGGGACAUUGGAGCAGGGAAAGGGAAGUACUACGCUGUAAACUACCCUCUCAGAGACGGCAUCGACGAUGAGUCUUACGAAGCCAUCUUCAAACCUGUGAUGGCUAAAGUGAUGGAGAUGUUCCAGCCCAGUGCAGUCGUGUUACAGUGUGGAGCCGACUCUCUCUCAGGAGACAGACUGGGCUGUUUCAACCUGACCAUCAAAGGUCAUGCUAAGUGUGUUGAGUACAUGAAGAGUUUCAACCUGCCUCUGUUGAUGUUGGGAGGUGGAGGUUAUACCAUCCGUAACGUGGCCCGCUGCUGGACCUACGAGACCGCUGUGGCUCUGGACAGCAUUAUACCUAACGAGCUGCCUUACAACGAUUACUUUGAGUACUUUGGUCCUGACUUCAAGCUCCACAUCAGCCCGUCUAACAUGACCAACCAGAACACCAAUGAUUACCUGGAGAAGAUCAAACAGAGGUUGUUUGAGAACCUGCGCAUGCUGCCCCACGCCCCGGGGGUUCAGAUGCAGGCCAUCCCAGAAGACGCUCCACACCCGGACUCUGGAGAUGAGGAGGACGAGAGCCCUGAUAAACGCAUCUCCAUCUGGGCCCAUGAUAAGAGGAUAGCCUGUGAAGAGGAGUUCUCUGACUCUGAGGAUGAGGGACAGGGAGGAGGUGGAAGGAGGAACGCUGCCAACCACAAGAAGACCAAACGAGUCAAGACUGAGGAGGAGAAAGAGAAGGAGGCAGAGGAGAAGAAAGAUGUGAAAGAGGAGAAAGAGACUGAGGAGAAGAUGGACACAACAGGGCCAACAGAAGAAACGAAGACGUCCUGAAGUGGGAGCAGCAGAUAAACAGGGGCUUCCAGUUGUGAAUCUAAUCAAUCGAAAUGGACUGUAAAUUAUUCUCUUAACACAGUUUUAGUAUUUCCUCAAACAGUCAAAUGUUUUAGCCUGUGUCAGUGUUGAAAUGCUCUUUUAUUAACUCAUGUCUCUGCCACCUAAUUUAAGUAGUUUUUUAUACCAUGUGUUAGUUAUGGAGCCUGAGGAUCUGAAGCAGGAGGGUCCCAUUUCAAUAGUCUAAAAAAGCCUGGUUGGGAUUCAAUCCAAGUUCGUGCUGUCGUGCACACUGCUCUCUAACAGACGUACGGUCGCUUCAAAUCAAAUGUAUUUAUAUAGCCCUUCGUACAUCAGCUGAUGUCACAAAGUGCUGUACAGAAACCCAGCCUAAAACCCCAAACAGCAAGCAAUGCAGGUGUAGAAGCACGGUGGCUAGGAAAAACUCCAAAACCUAGAGAGGAACCAGGCUAUGUGGGGUGGCCAGUCCUCUUCUGGCUGUGCCGGGUGGAGAUUAGAAACCUAGAGAGGAACCAGGCUAUGUGGGGUGGCCAGUCCUCUUCUGGCUGUGCCGGGUGGAGAUUAUAACAGAACAUGGCAAAGAUGUUCAAAUGUUCAUAAAUGACCAGCAUGGUCAAAUAAUAAUAAUCGCAGGCAGAACAGUUGAAACUGGAGCAGCAACACGGUCAGGUGGACUGGGGACAGCAAGGAGUCAUGUCAGCUUGAGCUGAUGUUGUACAGACGGUUACCGUCAGGGGGAAAUGCCUUUACUGUGUUGUCGGCGGUCUAGUGCGCUGCUCUGACAGGGCUUGGAUUGAAUUCCUACCUUAUUUUCGCUCUCUUCACUGACCCGAGGUAACUUGGUGAAAGCAAAUCCCCCUGAGGCCAUACUGCUUUCACAGUUCUCAGAUCAGUCCAGAUGAAGACUUGAAAAGGAAUCCACUUCCCACUGCAAACAUUCCCCGUUGAACAAUAGUCACUAGCUCGAAGUUAUUUUAAAUCACAGAUCAACAUAUGUUGUGUUUUACUUCUCCCAGGGUUAGUUUCUGACUGUACGCCCCAUGCUGGCUUCCUCUUCUCCCAGGGUUAGUUUCUGACUGUUCCUCUCCAUGUUGGCUUCUCCCAGGGUUAGUUUCUGACAGUCCCUCUCCAUGUUGGCUUCUCCCAGGGUUAGUUUGACUGUUCCUCUCCAUGUUGGCUUCUCCCAGGGUUAGUUUCUGACUGUUCCUCUCCAUGUUGGCUUCUCCCAGGGUUAGUUUCUGACUGUACGCCCCAUGCUGGCUUCCUCUUCUCCCAGGGUUAGUUUCUGACUGUACGCCCCAUGCUGGCUUCCUCUUCUCCCAGGGUUAGUUUCUGACUGUUCCUCUCCAUGUUGGCUUCUCCCAGGGUUAGUUUCUGACUGUUCCUCUCCAUGUUGGCUUCUCCCAGGGUUAGUUUCUGACUGUCCCUCUCCAUGUUGGCUUCUCCCAGGGUUAUUUUCUGACUGUUCCUCUCCAUGUUGGCUUCUCCCAGGGUUAGUUUCUGACUGUACGCUCCAUGUUGGCUUCUCCCAGGGUUAGUUUCUGACUGUUCCUCUCCAUGUUGGCUUCUCCCAGGGUUAGUUUCUGACUGUUCCUCUCCAUGUUGGCUUCUCCCAGGGUUAGUUUCUGACUGUACGCUCCAUGUUGGCUUCUCCCAGGGUUAGUUUCUGACUGUUCCUCUCCAUGUUGGCUUCUCCCAGGGUUAGUUUCUGACUGUACGCCCCAUGCUGGCUUCCUCUUCUCCCAGGGUUAGUUUCUGACUGUACGCCCCAUGCUGGCUUCCUCUUCUCCCAGGGUUAGUUUCUGACUGUUCCUCUCCAUGUUGGCUUCUCCCAGGGUUAGUUUCUGACUGUUCCUCUCCAUGUUGGCUUCUCCCAGGGUUAGUUUCUGACUGUUCCUCUCCAUGUUGGCUUCUCCCAGGGUUAGUUUCUGACUGUUCCUCUCCAUGUUGGCUUCUCCCAGGGUUAGUUUCUGACUGUUCCUCUCCAUGUUGGCUUCUCCCAGGGUUAGUUUCUGACUGUUCCUCUCCAUGUUGGCUUCUCCCAGGGUUAGUUUCUGACUGUUCCUCUCCAUGUUGGCUUCUCCCAGGGUUAGUUUCUGACUGUUCCUCUCCAUGUUGGCUUCUCCCAGGGUUAGUUUCUGACUGUACGCCCCAUGCUGGCUUCCUCUUCUCCCAGGGUUAGUUUCUGACUGUACGCCCCAUGCUGGCUUCCUCCUCUCCCAGGGUUAGUUUCUGACUGUACGCUCCAUGCUGGCUUCCUCCUUACCUCGUUUUAUAUUUCUAAAAUUAACAAAAUGUUGACGUCUUUUUAUUAGGUCAUACAGAGGGCAGGACUUCCCCAACUGACAGGCUGAAUUUGUCGUAGUCAGAGCACCCCCCCCACACACAAUUUAUUUUUAUUCAUUGUUGGACAUAAGACUGUAAAAACACCAAGUAUUCCCACAUAAGAUGUGAUCGUAUGCAAUGUUUCAGUCAAAUUCUGUUUGCAAAAAAAAAAAAACCCAGUCUAGAAAGUAAUUCUCCUGACUUAUGACCCCUGGAACAAUCUAGCUUCCCCAUCAAGGAAAAACCCCAAGAUCAGCAUGCAGAGGCAACUUCAGCCUACACCGUUGGGAACCGGCUCACGUUUUAAACCCCUGGUAUUUUCUACUGUAAAGGUGACAGAUAUGGUGCUUGUUUUGGGUGUUCAGUUGUGAAAUGUGCAUAUAACUUGUUUUUAUAUAGGGAAGAAAAAGAAAAAACAUUUCUCAUCGACUUCGUACUUUUUGUGUUCUAAAUAACAUGAUAAAGGCAAUCAUUUGGUUUAUCUAGACAACUUGGCAGCUCAUUUCCAUGCAAAUAUAAAACUGAUGUUGC